AUGUCCAGCACGUUAGCGUCUGCUUCUGGCUCGGGCCCGAACUCGGGCUCUGCUUCGGCUUCUGUCACCAAGAGAGGUAACGUUGCCUCCUUUUCGCUGAAUGCUACUGCCGUUGAUACUUUUGGAAACACCUUUGAGGCUCCAGAUUACUCUAUCAAGGAUAUCCUUAGAGCCAUUCCUUCUCAUUGCUACGAGAGAAGAGUGUUUGAGUCUCUUUACUAUGUUUUCAGAGAUAUCGCUUGUAUGACUGCGUUUGGAUAUGUGGCUCAGAACUAUAUCCACCUUUUGCCUUAUGCUGGUCUUCGUUUUGCUGCUUGGGCUGCUUACACGUAUGUCCAGGGUCUUUUCGGUACGGGUCUUUGGGUUUUGGCUCACGAGUGUGGCCACACGGCGUUUUCUGAUUACGCUUGGGUCAAUGAUACCGUGGGCUGGGUGCUCCAUUCUUACUGGUUUGUGCCUUACUUUUCCUGGAAGUUCUCCCACAGUAAGCACCACAAGGCUACUGGCCACUUGGACAGAGACACUGUGUUUGUGCCUCCAAGAAAGGAUACUUUUGUGGAGAGACGCCAUGCUCACUCUUUGGAAGAGAUUGCCAGCGAUUCCCCAAUCUACUCCUUGUUGCACUUGCUCGGACAGCAGUUGGGUGGUUGGAUCAUGUACCUUUUCAACAAUGUCACUGGCCAGCCUUUGGCUGACUCUGCUUGGAAAAUGAACCACUUUAACCCAAACUCGGCCCUUUUCGAAAAGAGAGACUACUGGUACAUUAUCAUGAGUGACAUUGGUAUCUUGGCCCAGGGUUUUGUCUUGUACACUUGGUACAAGCACUUUGGCGCUUUCAAUGUGUUGGUCCACUGGGCCAUUCCUUACGUGUACGUUAACCACUGGUUGGUGUUCAUUACAUUUCUUCAGCAUUCCGACCCUAAGAUGCCUCACUACGAGGCUCACCAGUGGAACUUCGCCAGAGGCGCUGCUGCCACUAUUGACAGAGAAUUUGGUUUUGUCGGUAAGCACAUUUUCCACGAUAUCAUCGAGACCCACGUGUUGCACCACUACUGCUCGAGAAUUCCAUUCUACAAUGCCCGUGAAGCUUCCGAGGCCAUUAAGAAGGUCAUGGGUCAUCACUACCAGCACUCUGACGAGAACAUGUGGGUUUCUUUGUGGAAAUCCGCUAGAGAGUGCCAGUUUGUUGAUGGUGACAAUGGUGUGAUGAUGUACAGAAACGUGAAUGGGAUUGGCGUUGAUCCAAAGAAGAACUAG